AAUAUUUCUCCAAAACCAUGCCUUCCUGGAGAGAAAAACACGAGAAAAUUGUCCAGUCCAAGAUUUUGGUUAUCGGCGCCGGUGGCAUUGGUUGCGAGCUGCUGAAAAACCUGGCGGUUACGGGAUUUCGAAAAGUCCACGUGAUCGAUUUGGACACAAUCGACAUUUCCAACCUCAACCGUCAGUUUUUAUUCCGAAAAGAGCACGUUUCGAGCUCGAAAGCUGCGACGGCGACACAAGUUGUGAAGCAAUUCUGCCCACAAAUAGAGCUAACCUUUGAUCAUGACAGUAUCUUCGAGAAAAAAUACAAUAUGGAGUUCUUCCAGGCAUACGACAUUGUUCUCAACGCUCUGGACAAUCGAGCGGCAAGAAACUAUGUUAAUCGGAUGUGCCACGCGGCAAACCGCCCACUCAUCGAUUCUGGAUCCGGUGGUUAUUUUGGACAAGUUUCGGUGAUCAUGCGUGGAAAGACGGAAUGCUACGAGUGUGUGGAUAAGCCAGUUCAACAGACAACCUACCCGGGAUGUACGAUCAGAAAUACUCCAAGCGAGCAUAUUCAUUGCACAGUUUGGGCGAAACACGUCUUUAAUCAGCUGUUCGGUGAGGUGGAUAUCGACGAUGACGUGUCACCGGACAUGGAUGCAGUGGAUCCGGAUAAUACUGAGGCUGUUACCACUGAAAAAGAGAAAGAAGCAAUGAAAGAAGAGCCCGCGCCAGUUGGAACACGUCAAUGGGCUGAAAGUGUGGAUUAUGAUGCUGCAAAAGUGUUCGACAAGCUUUUCCUGCACGAUAUCGAAUAUCUUUGCAAAAUGGAACACCUUUGGAAACAACGAAAACGUCCAUCACCACUGGAAUUCCAUACAGCUUCAUCUACCGGAGGAGAGCCUCAAUCCCUGUGUGAUGCUCAACGUGAUGAUACUUCAAUUUGGACACUGUCCACGUGUGCAAAAGUCUUCUCCACGUGUAUUCAAGAGCUCUUGGAGCAAAUACGGGCGGAGCCAGACGUGAAGCUGGCUUUUGAUAAAGAUCAUGCAAUUAUUAUGUCAUUUGUGGCUGCUUGUGCCAAUAUUCGAGCGAAAAUCUUUGGGAUUCCGAUGAAAUCACAAUUUGAUAUUAAAGCAAUGGCUGGAAAUAUUAUUCCAGCAAUUGCAUCAACUAAUGCAAUUGUUGCUGGAAUUAUUGUUACUGAGGCUGUGAGGGUGAUUGAAGGAUCAACGGUGAUUUGUAAUUCGAGUAUUGCGACGACUCAGUCGAAUCCGCGUGGACGGAUAUUCGGUGGCGAUGCAACAAAUCCUCCAAAUCCCCGCUGUUUCGUGUGCUCUGAGAAACGUGAAGUCUUUAUCUACGUGAAUCCGGAUACAAUGACUGUUGGUGGCCUGUGUGAGAAGGUUUUGAAGCAGAAAUUGAAUAUGUUGGCACCAGAUGUCAUGGAUUCGGCCACUUCUCGAAUUAUUGUCAGUUCGGAUGGAGAUACUGAUGAUCUGCUCCCAAAAAAGCUUGCCGAAGUUUCGAUAGAGGAUGGUGCAAUUCUGAGUUGCGACGAUUUCCAACAGGAAAUGGAGAUCAAGCUUUUCAUAAAGAAGGGCGAUCGGCUUGCCGGCGACGAUUUUGAAGUGGCUCGGAGUGAGAAAGAGCCGGAGCCAGAUGAUAGAAAACGAAAAGCUGAUGGAUCUGAAGAGCCAGAAGCUAAGCGGCAGAAAGUGGAGGAAAAGGACGAUAAAAAUGGAAAUGAGGCGGUGGCUGAGAUCACCGAGACAAUGGCCUAAAUAUUCGAAUAUUUAAAUAUUAUUCAUUCGCGAAAAAUUUGAGAUUUUUGGUUACUGUACUCGGGUCUUGACACGACUUUUUUUUCGUUAAAUUUUUUAAAAAAGUGGAAUUUUCAUCAAAAAACUCAUGAAAACACUGUAAUUUUCAAAAAAUCCUGAGAAAAACUAUUUCUUAGACCAAAAAUGAAAAUGGGUCUCGCAACGCGGUUACUGUAGCUGGUGUCGAUUUAUGGAGCGAUGUAUUUUGUAUUUUCAGCAAUUCUACGAAACGGUCUAUUGCAUCACGUUAUUUCAACAUUUUUCAAUGAGAAUUAGUGUCAAAAUACAGGAAAUCACUUGAUUUAACUGGAAAUAAUAUUUAUUUUAGCUGAAAAAUUGAAGGAAAUGUUCGAAAAUGGUGUUUUCUCCAGUUUUAAGCUGAAAUUUAUGAUAUUUUCGGAUAAAUCAAGUGAUUUUUUUUUAUAUUUUGACACUAAUUUCCAAUGAAAAAUGUUGGAAAAACAUGGUGCAACAGGUGUAUUUUGUAGAAUUGCCAAAAAUAUAGCGCCCCGUAAAUCGACAAGAGCUACAGUAACCGCGUUGCGAGACCCAUUCUCAUUUUUAGACUUCUGUGUAUUAGUUUUUUUCGCAAUUUCUUUUAAAAUUCAGGGUUCUUCUGUUUUAUUUUAGUUUUUUUUUGGUAAAUCAACAUUAUAGAAAAUCUAGAAAAAACUAAUUAAUUUCGUUUCGAGACCCGGCUACAGUAUUUCUUGUUGCAAAAUCUCAAAUUUUCGUGUUUUUCUCUCCGUAUGUAUUCACUUUUCUUCGAAUUAAUUUAAAUUUAUAUUUCAUUUAUAUCAACAAAAAAAUUUCAUCUGAGAUACUCAUUCCCCUCCCCCCGAAGUGAAUUCAAUUUUAUUUAUUUUUACACCUUUUUCUCUCAAAAAGAGGAUUCUCAAAAGGCACUGCUGCUGUUAAAUGAACGUGUUUUGAAUU